AGCCCAGCCUUCCUGCCAGGAAGGGGGAGCUGAUGUAAAAACUCCGGGGAGGCCUUGGGCUUGGAGCUCCUCUCCUCCCGGGCCAGACUGCUGGGCUACGCUCUGGCUGAUCUCAGCACGUACCCACAGACCUCACAGAUUCCAGGAGCCCAGAGGAGGCCUGGGAGCUGCCUGCAGCCAUGUCAGCCCUCAGCCUGCUCAUUCUGGGCCUGCUCUCCGCGGUGCCACCUGCCAGCUGUCAACAAGGCCUGGGGAACCUGCAGCCCUGGAUGCAGGGCCUGAUCGCCAUGGCCGUGUUCCUGGUCCUCGUUGCAAUCGCCUUUGCUGUCAACCACUUCUGGUGCCAAGAAGAGCCGGAGCCCGUGAACAUGGUCAUGACCGUUGGCAACAAGGAAGAUGGGAUUCUGGCAGGAACGGAAGGGAAGUACUCCUCGAUGGCGGCCAGCUUCAGGUCCAAUGAGCAUGAGAAUGCCUAUGAGAACGUCCGGGAGGAGGAGGGCAGGGUCCGGAGCACCCCCAUGUGACCCCACUUGCCGGCGGCCCCCAGCGCUGAUCCUGGGCGCCUGGAAUCAAUGCCAUGCCACUGAGCAGGAAUCUACAGCAACAGGCCGACUUCUCCACCACACCCCACCCCACCCUCCUUUGAAUCCUCCUUCGGAACUCAGACUGUGCCUGGGAUGGGGCUCCACUGUGGCUCUGAGGUCUCCUGGGGGGUCUCCCACUCAAUUCAAUUCAGGAGACCCUUCUGAAGGAGACAGUCAGCUCAGCACCUCCCAUCCUGCCUACAUUUCCUCCCCUCACUGUGGAAAUGGCCUUAUUUCUGUGAAUAAAACCUUUUUGUACUUCG